UUGUUAUUAGACUUAUUAUAACUCGUUAUUAGACGCAUUAUAACUCGUUAUUAGACAUAUAACUCGUUAUUAGACAUAUUAUAACUCGUUAUUAAAAGAUGUACGGCAGAGACGAACGUCUGGACCCCGUCCGGAGCUUCACGGCCAAGAGUUUCAGGCUAGCCCCGGAAAGAUGGCGGGAGUUUGUAACGAUGGAGGACAACCAAGUGAUCCUCAACAGCUUCUUCUCCACUCCGGACUACACCAACCUGUUCAUCAGUCGGGACUCCGAGGCCAGGCUCCUCGUCGGACUCAACUGUCCUAAAAAUGUCCAAACUAAAGUCAUCUGUGUGUCCAAAACGGGCCGUGAAGCCAUCACUAAAGAUAACGCCCGGGAAAUGUUACUCAUCCAGGAGGUUGUGGGAGGGGACGCCAUUAGCUUCUUCACCGCAGUGUCCGAAGAGGUGGUGUGUCUGUCAUUCAGCACCUGGGAGAACAGCAGCAGCAGCUGGGCGUCUGGCGUAACAGAGGAGGUUGUGAGGUUCACGGAGCGCCAGAAGAACGAGGCGCUGGUGAUAAAGGCUCAGAUAGAGGGGCGGGUCUUCCUUCCUCACCCCAACGUCCUCGGGGACGCAGAUCAACUCGGCAAAGCAGUCCACGAAGAACCUCUGCUCGACGAGGCAGUCCAUGAGGGCGCUCCCCAGGAUGAACCUCUCCGUGACACUGAAGGCCGGAAGUUGUCAGACGUGAAGCUGCUCCACGCCUGUGAUUCGACGAUCAUAGAGUGGGCGGAGCUUGUGUCAGAGUUCCUGAAGCAGGACUCGUCUCAGGCGGUUCUGGACGGACUGAAGCCGCUUCCCUCAGAGGAGUUUAACUUCUGGAGGACCAGACUGAACAACCUGCACUUCAUCCAGAAGCAGUUGAGGAGCAGCAGAGCUCAGCAGGUGGCCUCCAUUGUCCAGAAGGCAGAGAGCGUCUACUGGGCAACUCUGAGAGACAUCUACAGAGACGUCCAGGAAGGUCUGAAGGAGGGUGAGGACGUGACUCUGAAUCUGGGUCCUGUGCAGGAGAAGUUGGAGCAAGUGGAGAAGAUGGAGUACCAGCAGGUAGCUGAGCUUCAGUCAGUCUGUGGAGGCUACAUGCUAAUGCUACAUGCUACAGUUACUCCUGCGGCGUUUCCAAGCCCUAAAUGGGAGACAUUUGGAAACACUACUGCCCCCGUUGUGG